UCUGUCAAAACACGCAUCGAUUUACAAAACAUAAAUAUUCUGCAGGAUUCAAUCAGACUGAUGUCGGAGCGUCUUUGCAUCCAAGGUUUAUUCUGUAAUUAACCGACUUGUAAUGGCGAUGGCGAACAACCACUUCUUCACGUUGCAACAGCAAAAUCUCAAAUACAAAAAGAAAUAUUUGCGACUGAAGAAAACCAUCAAGGGGCUGGUGUUUACAAAUGCAGCACUGUGUGACCAAGUUGUUCAGAUCCAGGAAAGCAUUCUCUGCGUCAAGGAAGAACGGCGCUUUUUAUUCAAACGAUUAAUGGAACACGACAGUGAUCUGUUGAACGAACUGAAACCAAUCAAAACUGAAGAAACUGGCAAUGUGACCAAAAAGAUUAAGAAACGUUCCAAUUCGGAAGCCAGUUCAAAGAGUCGUGUCAGUUCUACAGCAAAAGCGGCGAAGAAAAUGGAAUCGACUCAACAGCAAUUCGUUCAGACGAUUUCCAUUAAUCAAAAUGGUCGUCCCAUCUAUCCAAUAACAAUCGGAAACUUGUCCAUUCAUGACUUGGGCGCAAUAAUUGUUGAUCGUCCCGGAUAUCAUACGGAAAAUUGGAUUUAUCCCAUUGGAUUUGUGUCGACAAGAAUCUACGGUCACAUCAAGGAGCCACACAGGAAGUGUCUGUACACAUGCAAAAUUAUCGACUGCGGUGACUAUCCACGAUUCGAAAUAAUUCCCGAAAUGAUGCCAGAAUAUGCCAUUGCAGGGCCUUCGGCCGAUCUGUGCCAUGCGGCCCUGUUACAAACAAUGAACCACAAUUCGGACGGCCGUGAAUUGGCUGUUAUUCCGCAAGGCGAAUACUUCUUUGGACUGGCUCAUCCGGCCAUUGCAACGUUGUUGCAAUCAUCGACAGUCAUCAAGGAAUUGGUGAAUUUCAAAGAAUUUCCGCAGGACAUUUUCACCAUCGAACGGGAAAACGAUCCAACAAUCAGUUACGAUGCGCUGCAGAAAUAUUCAUUGCCGGUUUCGACCUACCAUACAGUUCCGAUGGUUCCGAAGGAGGAACUACCGCCCGAGGAGUUAUUAGAACAAUCGGACGGAACUUCAUGUUCUUUUACUUUACCAUAAGUCGACAAUGUGUGAUGAUUUGAUGAGGGAUUUGAUGUGUCGAAAAAUAAAACGUACAACGAGACCAUCC